CUCCCGCUGAGCCUGGGAAAGACGCAGAGUGUUCACCGGAAUCGCAGGAGCGUGGGGAGGAGGAGGAGGAGCGGCAGGAGGUGCCCCCCGUCCACCCCCCACCCCCGUGCCACGCUUCCAGACCGGAGCUGAACCACCCCACCGUUAUCCUCCCGAGAUGGGCCGAGGCCAGCUGCUCCUCGCCGUGGCCCUGCUCUGUGGCCUCCCGCGGCCCGGCCCCGCCGCCCGCCCUAUGCCCACACUGGCAGACAGGAAGCUGUGCGCGGACGAGGAGUGCAGCUACCCCAUCUCCAUGGCCGUGGCUCUCCAGGACUACGUGGGGCCUGACUGCCGCUUCCUGUCCUUCCAACAGGGACAGGUCAUCUACGUCUUCUCCAAGCUCCGGGGCCGGGGGCGGCUCUUCUGGGGGGGCAGCGUGCAAGGGGCCUACUAUGGAGACCAGGCCGCCCGGCUCGGCUAUUUCCCCAGCAGCGUCGUCCGGGAGACCCAGCCUCUCAAACCGGGGAAGGUCACGGUGAAAACGGACCAAUGGGACUUCUUCUGCUAGUGAGACGGGUCAUCAUCAUCAUCAUCAAUCGUAUUUGAGCGCUUACCGUGUGCAGAGCACUGUACUAAGCGCUUGGGAAGCCGCCGACCAGUCCGACGAUGAUCUCUCUUCCUGCCCUCCUGGGGCCAGGUCUAGGGACCCGAGGAUUGAUGCUUUGCAAAUAUUAAAGCGCUUAUGUCAUUGAA